GUUGCUGCAGAUAGUAAAUUUAACGAUAAUUGGGAGCGUCUAGCACAAGGCAUCCGAGAAAUUCAAAGAAAAAAUUCAUCGACCCUAAGUAUCGAGGAACUCUACCGCAAUGCUUAUAACAUGGUCCUUCACAAAAAUGGAGACAAGUUAUACAAUGGUUUAAGAGGAAUUAUUACUCAACAUUUAGAAAAAGUGGUCGAAGAGCAAAUCAUUCCGGCUUUUCCAAAUGGUGGCGUAAAUUUUUUAAAAGUGUUAGAGAAUGUUUGGGAAGAUCAUAAAACAUGUAUGCGUUUGAUUGAAAUCAUUUUUACGUUUAUGGAUCGUGUAUAUUCCAAAGAUGAAAACGUUCCUCCAACAUACAAUUUAGGAUUAGAGCUUUUUAGGGAUACAAUAAUUCGAUCGACAAAAUAUCCUAUCCAAAGUCAUCUUCUGGAUGCUCUUUUGAAUCAAAUCCUUCUUGAACGUGAAAACGAGAUCAUUGAUCGUUCCAAUAUCAAAACAUUGAUGGACAUGCUGCUCGAGUUAACUGAUACAAAUAAGAAGGAUACAGUCUAUGCAGUUGAUUUUGAAGGUAGAUUUCUGGAAUCAAGUUCUGAAUACUAUCGAGUUGAAGGUCAAAUGCUCAUAAGUGAACAUGAUGCGCAGGAAUUUAUGAAAAAAGUUGAAAAUCGUCUUAAUGAAGAGGAUCUACGUGUGCACGCUUACCUUUCGCAAACCACAGGACCUAAAAUUAGCAAUAUUGUGGAAGAAGAACUUAUUGCUAAACAUUUUAAAACCAUCAUUGAGAUGGAAAACUCGGGUUUAAUUUUCAUGUUAAGAAAUGAAAAACUGGAUGAUCUUGGAAAAAUGUAUAAAUUAUUUGGUCGAGUCGCUAACGGUCACGAAGAGAUGAAAAACGCUAUUAGCAAUUACAUACAAGGGCUUGGUAUGACAAUAAAUGAAAUCAUUUCUAAUAAUGCUACUAUAACAACGACCACCGAAAAUAUUACCACUGAAGGUGAUCUACAAACUGAAACCUCUGUAGCAAUACAGUGGGUCCAGAAAGUUCUGGAUCUUAAAGACAAAUUUGAUAGAAUUCAGAAUUUGGCAUUGUCUAACGACGAAUCAUUCAAAACUGCUAUUAAUGAGUUUUUCAUCGCCAAAAAUUCGAAAUCACACGAAUUUGCCUCGUUGUUUAUAGACGAUUACCUUAAAAAAGAUUUGAAAGAAACCGAAGAAGCAGAUAAUAUAUUGCAUAAAGCUAGUUCAUUAUUCCAUAUCAGCAGUGAAAAAGAUAUUUUUGAUCAUCAACUAAUAAUAAGUCAGCUACCAGAUUUGAAAAUAUAG